CCUCUCUCUCUCUCUCUCUCUCUAUCUAUCUUCCUUCCUUCUUCUUCUUCUUCUCCAUCUCUUUCCAAACUCUCUAUCUCUCUAAUUCCUCUCUCCAUGUCCGAACGAACGCAUCGUGUAUGAGAAACAAUAGCUAUCAACCUCGAUCUUUCUCCACUAGAAACUGAUCUAUACACAUUAAAAAAAAAAGAAGUCUUUAAUAUUAUCUGUACAGAGCUAUGGCAGCCGUUUCCUCUAAUCCUCGCACCGUCGAAGAGAUCUUCAAGGAUUACACCUCUCGUCGCUCCGCUCUUCUCCGUGCUCUAACGAAAGAUGUUGAUGAUUUCUACUCUCAAUGCGAUCCGGAAAAAGAGAAUCUUUGUUUGUACGGACACCCGAACGAGUCGUGGGAAGUGAAUCUGCCGGCGGAGGAAGUUCCACCUGAGCUUCCUGAGCCAGCGCUUGGUAUCAAUUUCGCUAGAGAUGGUAUGCAGAGGAAAGACUGGCUCUCUCUUGUUGCUGUCCACAGUGAUUGUUGGUUGCUCUCUGUUUCUUUCUACUUUGGUGCUCGCCUUAAUCGCAACGAGAGGAAGCGGCUAUUCAGUCUGAUCAACGAUCUCCCAACUCUCUUCGAUGUAGUGACUGGUAGGAAACCCAUCAAAGACAACAAACCAAGCUCAGAUUCCGGAAGCAAAUCCAGAAACGGCACUAAGAGGUCAGUAGAAGGGCAGCCAAAGAGCACAACACCGAAACUGAUGGAAGGGAGCUAUGAGGAUGAUGAUGAAGAAGAAGGAGAAGAAGAAGAAGACGAGCAUGGAGACACUCUCUGUGGAAUCUGUGGAGGCAAUUACACACAAGAUGAGUUCUGGAUUUGCUGUGAUGUUUGUGAGCGUUGGUAUCACGGAAAAUGCGUGAAGAUCACUCCCGCCAAAGCAGAUAGCAUCAAGCAGUAUAAAUGCCCGCCUUGCUGUGCAAAGAAAGGAAGACAGUGAUGAUAAUCACCUCCCACAGAUUCUGGUUCUCGUGUCUUAAUGAUAUAUUAAUGAACCCUUUUCUCUUUUUGUUGUUGUUUCUUUAACCUUUUAAUUUCAAAGCAUACAGAACUGUCUCUCUCUUUAGAUCUCCAGAAAGGGAUUUCAAGAAGUUGAGAGAGGGAGUAGCAACUGUUUGAGUAUUAUUAUUCAUACAAGAAGACUGGUUUGUUCCAUAAAAUGUGUCAUGGGAUUUGUAUAUGCACUCUGUUUAAUCUUUCUUUUUGGUCUUGCUAGGUCUUUUAUCUA